UCCCAUUUCCAUCUCAUCUGCUCCUUUAUGUUGAUUUAUACGCACUGCGUACGCGUUUUUGCUUCUGUACGUAUACGCAUAUAUGCGUGUGUAUUCUGUGCUGCGUCUUUACUUUCUCAUACAACCUGCAUAGAUCGGAUCUCCACUCUGUUGUUCAUCGACAAUUCACAUUUGAGCUCCGCUGCUGCAAUAAUCUCGAAAUCCGCAUCGCAUUGUUUAUUGUGAUUCAGCUGUAGUAUGUAGGUGUGUUGAUUGGUGGAUUAUGAUUAAGAAUCAAUGCUGAACUGUAAUUCUGAUCGCUAAGUUUUAGUUACAGCCUGAUUAGUUCACUUGCUAGGAGCAUUCAAUUAAGGUUAUUUGGACGGUGGAAGGUAAAUUUUUUUUUAAUUUUUCGAGAACUUGAUGAGAGUUACGGCAGGGCAGAGGUCAUGAACUAUGUUCUGCCUUUUAACUAGCAGCUAAAUUCUAAAAGCUUCCAUUGGAUAUUCAAUGUAGUAAAAAGGAGUGGUUCAGGCCUCCUUGUUGAGGUGAAAUUUGAAUACUAAAGUUUUAUGGAGCUGCUUAUUUAUACAUAUUGAAGGAGAAAUAUUACAGUGUUCUGCAUGUUGAUGUGUUGCCACCUAGUGCAUUUGCACAAUAGAAUCUGGAUAAGCUACUGGUGAGAAGACAAAUCCCUGCUUAUGGCCUGAAUUUACAUCCCAAAUUUAAAUUCAAAUAAGAAAUGAGUGGCAACAAAUGGAUAUCGAAUAUACUUUCUGGCAAAUGCUUCACUUAUGUACCUCUCCAAAAGUGGUAUAUCAGCACACUAAGUACCACAAACAAACAAAGAACCAAUGGGCACGGGAUGAUCCUGCAUUUAUUGUUAUAUGCAGUCUUCUUUUAGCAUGUUCUACUUUAGCUUACUGUGCUGCGUAUGAUCAUAGUGCAGGGCAUACUGUUUUUGUGGUUAUCUCUGUAUUACUUUUUCAUUUUUUAAUAACCGGAGCUGUUUUGUCUACAUGUUGUUGGUUCUUGACCAACAAUUAUCUUCGAGAGGAAACUCCAAACAGUCAUGUGGUGGAACAACGGGUUGAAUGGUUAUAUGCUUUUGAUGUCCACUGCAAUUCUUUCUUCCCAAUGUUCAUCCUGCUUUAUGUCGUGCAUUAUUUUCUUUCCCCCCUUCUGAUUGCUCAUGGUUUCAUUCCCCUUUUACUAUCAAAUUUGCUCUUCAUGGUUGCCGCUUCCUACUAUCAUUACCUCAACUUUUUAGGUUAUGAUGUAUUGCCCUUCCUGGAAAGGACCACUUUCUUCCUGUACCCAAUUGGCAUUGUUAUUGUCCUUUCACCUAUUUUUAUUUUGAGCGGCUUCAGUCCAUCAAGAUAUUUCAUGAACAUGUACUUCAGCAGAUUGGUAUGAUCGCAGCCAAGGCUUUAUAAUAGGACCUGUUACAACAUGGGGAUGAAUUGCAGGAUGACCUCGAUGCAAUUGUUUACAGUUCCAUUAUAUCUUGAAUGGAAGACGGGGAAGUUGAUCAAGUUCUCUGGUAUGGCCUUUUACCUUUAGGAGUGAGAAUUGUAACUGAGCGGAGCUUAUUAGGUGCUUGUAGUGUUGUACUGCGGCUGCAAAAACUGAUCCAUACCAAUUCAAUGUAAAGAUUUUGCUUUCUUAAUUGCACCGACUAUCGACCAUGGACCACAGUUCCUUGCUUUACUGAACUUGAAAAUACCUAAUUGUCAUUUUAAUGGAGUUGGCUUUUCAGCUGUGUUGUUGUA